AUUUAUAAUGAAGCCACAUUUAUAACUUCUGCAUGUUCUCCUAGUUACGCUAUCAUUCUGCUGGAGAUCGCCACUCGCAGCGACCCCGUCCCAGCAGAGGAGUCUAAUCUGGAGAGUGCCUGGUGUCCUCCCCUGCCAGAGUUGAUUUCCAGUAAAGCCGACAACACCUGUCCCUGUCCUGCUGACUACGUAGAGCUGAUCCGGAGAUGCCGCUCCAAUAAUCCCGCCCACCGACCCACGUUUGAACAAAUCAAGAAGUUUGUUCACCGAAUCAACCCAAUCAAAGUCAGCCCAGUGGACAUGAUGAUGAACCUGAUGGAGAAGUACAGUAAACAUCUGGAGGUGUUGGUGGCCGAGCGGACUCAGGAUCUAAUGCACGAGAAACAGAGGACUGACAGGCUGCUAUACAGUAUGCUUCCUAAACAGGUAGCUGAUGACCUGCGGCAGGGGAAACCACUGCAGGCCCAGAGCUACGUCAGCGCCACCGUCUUCUUCAGUGAUAUUGUGGGCUUCACACAGCUGUCCAGCAGCAGCACACCUUACCAGGUCGUGGACCUCCUCAACAAACUCUAUACGACGUUUGACGACAUCAUCGACAACUACGACGUCUACAAGGUGGAAACCAUCGGAGACGCCUACAUGGUGGUGUCCGGUGUUCCCAAGGAGAACGGGAUCCUCCACGCCUCCGAGAUCGCCAGCAUGGCUCUGGACCUGGUGGGCGUCUGUCGCACCUUCAGGAUCCCCCACAAGCCGAACACACAGCUGCAGAUACGAGCGGGGAUACACUCCGGUCCAGUGGUGGCGGGGGUUGUAGGGACGAAGAUGCCUCGUUACUGUCUUUUUGGAGACACAGUCAACACAGCAUCCAGGAUGGAGUCCACCAGUCUGGCGCUGAAGAUCCAGUGCAGCUCCAGUGUGUUUUACCUGCUGGAGGAGAUCGGCGGCUACGUGCUGGAGUGCAGAGGGAUGCUGCAGGUCAAGGGGAAAGGGGACAUGGUGACUUACUGGUUGGAGGGAAAGAAGACGUCUCUGGCCUCCAAGGACGUCGGCGCCGACUCCAAGACGACCAAACACAUCCUCAUGGAGGCAGAGACGGAGACGGAGAAAGAGCAGGAGUUGUACUCCUCCAUACCGGGGUGUCUGAACAACGAUCUCCUCCUGGAUCCAGCCUGACCCCCAAAGAGUUUAUCAUUUGAUGUGAUUUCCUCAGUUGUCGUCAGUGUUUGUUGACUGUUAGUGUUACAUGUACGCAGCGUGUGGCUGUUUUAAUGUCAUUGAUCCCUGCAGCUUAAAUAUCUUAACUGGCAGGAAAAGUCAUUAUGCUAACAAAACUAGUUACUCUGUACGUCUUGAUAAUCACUGUCACACCUUAAAUUCUUUGACGCAGGCUGAUCUCAAAGACAGGCUUUUAUUUCUGGUCUCACAUUUUUAAGAAUAUUUGAUCAAAUUUUAGUAGGACUGGCCAUCGAGAACCGGUUCCAACUUUCAAAAAUCACGAUUCCAGCGGAAUCGUUUGGAAAAUUUGGUUUCGAAUAUGAUCUUUAGUUCCAAAUUUAACAUGCAAGUUUUGGUUUCCGUAGCAGCCACCAUACUUCCAGGCAAAGCUCAGGUCUGCACAGAACAAAACAUGACACACUUACUUCUUGCACGGGAGGAUGCACUAUGAAUAUAAUAUCUAUGCCUGCAUGAUGUACAAAUCAACAAGAAGUGUUUGUCGCGCUGCUCCGGUCUCACUGUCCUGUCUCGUCCUCCUCAGGCAACCCUGAACUAACAAGAAUUUCGUCACAAGUGAAACUGUAGUGAUGCAAGUUGCUUGACCAAAUUGCUAAAAUUAUGGCGAACAACGUUACUGUAAUGUGUUUUUUUUUCUAGAUAAAAGUACGCAAAUUUCUAAGACCUACCACUGCUAAUGUUAAACCGGAGACUCGGCGUGAAACUCCGUUCACCUUAGCCCAGAACCUGAGUUGAAAAUUUAUAAGAACCGCAAUCGAAAGGAAGAAUCACAAUCAUUGAAAUCAAAACGAUGCCCAACACUACAUUUUUGUAAGAAGCCCGCACUGUUUUGCGAUGUGACAGCCAGAGCCACUCACAGAAUCGUGAUAUUAAUCGGGCUGUGACGACACAACAAGACUAUUAUUUUAACACUAUUUUAAGCAAUCUUGAACGAUGAAUAUAUGACUGGUAAAAAAUUUAAUUUACCCGACUGAAAGUCACAUAAUGCAAAACAAUGCAGGUGCAUUUUGAAGUUACUUAAAUAUUGUAUGCGUUUUGUCUGUCCCCGUUCAUUGUUUCCACCGGGUUCCCAAAACGCUGCCACACAAACCAUUUAAAAGUGCAUCUUCUAUGCUAAUUUCACCCUCACACUCCUUCACGCUGAUAAUGUGAGACUUGCUUUUUAACUCGUUGAGAAAUAUCGACUAGCCGAGCAGCUACGAGACUUUUAAACUCAAACUCAUCCUCAGCACUGCUCCAUUGGAUUUACUUUAUUUCUGUUUACCAUUUUAUGAUUGCUUUAGUAUUACUGUAUAUCUGCUACAUAGCAGAAGGGAGUUACAAACUUAAUUUCACUUUACCACCCGUUGUGAUGUGACAAAUAAACCUACCUUCUAAAUAUUUUCCACCUCUACAACAUUAUUUCAGAGACAUUAGUGUUAUUAUAUAAACUGUAGUGUGCGUAUAGAUACGCUACAUUUCACAGCUUCUCGGAGCUAAACGUACCGGCUAGACUUUGAUUAGGACUGGCUGAAUAAAACAAUCGAUUUGCCAGUGAACAGCGAUCAUCAGUUGAAUAAUCCAAUAUUAUUACGUAAUGUUGUAGGACUCGAGACCGGUCUUAAGACCACUUUUUGAUGGUCUUGGUCUCGACCACAUUUGUACUCUGUCUUGUCUCGGUCUCAGACAUUGAAGACUCGGAAUUUUAUUAUAAGACCAGUCAAGACCAUAACUUUGGGAAAAAUCAAUAAAUUGCUUUUACAUUUUUACUGAUUUAUUUGUUAACAUCCAAACUUUGAUUGGAUGUAAAACGUAUCGCUUCAAAUGCAACCAAUAACCCUAAUUAACAAUGCAUUGUUCCCGUUAACGACUGUCCCCCCUCCCCACGAUGGUAAGCAUGGAAAAGGAGUGUUGAAAACAAACGCUUACAUUGAUUACAGCUCUUAGUGUUUGUAUGUGGGUGUUUUUAUUGGAAUGUGGAUCUUUCAGGUCAGUUUGAGAAGUACCUCUGAUCUCGUUCCACAUUUUACUGUGUGUCAUGUAAUGUGGAGAACUGGUAUCGGCCUUGACUUGGUCUCGGUUUGGGCGGUCUUGACUACAACACUAUUAUUAAGAUAUCUGCAUGUUUGCUUUUCUCUGUGAUUCUGUGUGUUCAGUGUGCAGACUGUGGCUACGUAUUGACUAUAACAGACCAAGUGUAUUAAAAAGUAAAAGCGCCUCCUGUGGAUUCUUCCGGUAGUUUCACGCUCGAACAGGCGGCUCAUCAACAUCUCUGCUGGCACGCACGUGUUGUAUAAAUAUUCAUGUCGCAUUGUUGAGCAGAUGGACGACUUGAAGAGACGGAGAUGAAGGGAUCUGUUUGCCCGUUAGCGGCAAAGAUGGCCGACAUGACAACAGAUGGUCAGAAGGAAGAAGAGGAGCAGGAGAGGACCUUAGAGAGAAGAAGAGGGGACGAGUUGAGGGGAAACGAGCCAGACACCAAACUUUAAUUUGUGAUGGAGAUAAUUAAUUCAGAUCAGAACAGAUAUGUGCAGGUCUGUUUCCUUUAACAGGUCGCGAUCAGCAGUGUUAUGAUCUCGUUAGCUGGAGUUUCCUGGUGCUCAUAUGAAGCCUGAUUUGUGGAAGCAAAGACGGGCUGUAAGGUUUUAAUUUUAUAAGCAGCUCAACACCAGUGAAACUGAACCACUCAGGAGGCCCAGGACGGACGGGGACAAUUACCAUGUGUGAUCAGAUACAGUCAUCAUUUCACUCAUACUGUGUAGACAUAGUUUCUGGGCUUUUCUAGAUUGCUGUUGGCUAAAGCUGUUUUGGUUGUUUGAUAGUAGGAGACAGCAGGUUUGAAUCGGGGCUGUAAGAUUUGAGUUUGGCAUUUCGGCUGCUGUCCGUGGUGCUGAUCAAAGGCUGCAGGUUUGCAUUUACAUGGAGUCUGUACACCCGUGUGUACACGAACGUGCUUUUUGUGGCGAGGCACACAAGAAAAAUAUUAACAUGGAGGGACAAUCACAAUUAUGUUAUGCUGCUGGAACCACUCCUGAAUUUAGAAUAUUGUAUUUUUGAAAAUCUAUCUUGUAUGAUAUGAAUUCGAGUACUGUAAUAUUCAAAAGGACCUAAAUGUUUGUGGUUGCCAGCCACUUUUCCACUUUUCUUUCUUGAAUCACGUGACAAAGGAAGUUUGAACGAUUCCUUUCAGGCUUGUACUUCUGGAUUUCACCAAUCCAGCUUGAUUUUUGGAUUCCAAAAAAAAGGAGCAAUUUAAUUUGAGCAACUUGAAAAUCAUUUUUGGUGGCAGCAUGUCUCUGCCUCCGUUAAGUCAGCCCAGGUCCGGUUCAGACUCAAACAGCUGUUGGAUGUUGUGGUUCAGACGUUCAUGUUUCCCGCCAGGAUGAAUUCUAAUAACUUCGUUGACCCCC